CCCUGAGUUUUUUAUGGUAAAAGUCAAUCCUUUUCCAAUGCACAUACUUCUAGUUCUGUGUAAUUGUUGUAGGGAAAUUAAUUCUUCUAACCCAUUGCUUGCAAUUUUAUCAGCAUUUGAAUAUCUGAACUCAAAUCAAAGUAUGACCCUAUUUAAUUUUUUAAAUUCGCUUCUGAAAUUGCAUUGAAUCCAAUAUCUAUGGUUACUUGCUUGGUACAUGGGGUCAAAAUUUUAUGUUUGUGUCUUGUAUUUGUAUGCAUAAGAAAACAUCAUGCAGAACUUGAGAAAGGGAAUAGCAUAAGAAAUACAGUAGUGUACAGUGGUUUUUUUUUUUUUUUUUUUUUGCAUUGAAGUAGUCAACCUGGUUCACUAGGUUCUACCACAGCAAGGCCCAAUAAGAAAGUCUACUCAGGAGCAUUUAGGCUAACCAUUCGGGCCUAAUUCUCCGUUCUUUCUGCUUGACCGGCUUGGCAUCAGGAUAUAAAGGGAUUUUAUGCUUAACUAUGUCUGUGCUGAGUUCAGGCAUAAUCUCAUGAAAUUCACAUGACCAUAAGAAUUGAAAAUUUUAAUUAAUUUACUGUGAACUGGGUUAUUAAGUAUUGACUGAACUUGUUAGUACGAGCUAGCUAGCAAUUAAUUUGAAGACGUUAAAUAUUUGACCACCCAUUUGUCACAAUUAGAUGGGGAAACCAACAAAUUAUAAUUAGAAUUAUGAAUUAUUCAAAGAGUAACACAUAUAUAUCUGCUUUCUUCACUUGAAUCAGAAGGCAAACAAAUGAUUAAUCUCCUAAUUUUGGCUAGUUUCCACAUUAAGAAGUGUAAAUUAAUGUGACUCUGAAUAAGAUUCCCUUGUUACCAAAAAAGAAGAGGUAGAGUGGGGGUUGGGGGAGCUUCUAGUGUACACACACACUUAAUGUAAUGAAUUUGUAGUCUAUUUGAGAGAAAUGGACAAUUUCAAAUGUUAAAACUUGUACUCUUUUUGAGAUUUGAGUCAAUCCAAGGGUAAAAAUCAACACUAAGUACACUACAGGAAAAAUCCACUUCAGGCCCCUCACCCAUAGAGUGGCCAAGCUGUGAAUCAAGUAUAAAGAGGAAAUGCCUACAAUGCAGUGAUCAAUGUUGAGUGUAAUUACUACAAGGUAGAGAACAGAUGAAUUCAUUUACUACAAACUCAACCACCCACCUUCCUCUCCACUAUUAAAAACCUCUCCUUUUUCACACUUAUUCAAGUUUCAUUAAUAUUUCUUGCUUGUGCUUUUCUCUUCCUAUCAGUAUCUGUCUGGGUGCCUCUCUAAUGGCCACCUUCGUUUUACAUUUCUUCCUUACGUUUUUCUUGGUGGCUUCAGCUCAAAUUGUAGAUCCAUUUGGGCCUGGACAAGGUGGUGUGAGGAGGAGAGAAAUGGUGCCUGCAUUGUUCAUAUUUGGGGACUCACUCAUUGACAAUGGAAAUAACAACAACCUUCCUUCCUUUGCCAAGGCAAAUUAUUUCCCUUAUGGUAUUGACUUCAAUGGCGGCCCCACUGGUCGCUUCUCCAAUGGUUACACCAUGGUUGAUGAAAUAGCUGAAUUACUUGGACUUCCACUCAUCCCUGCAUACAAUGAAGCAUCAGGAGACCAAGUGCUUCAUGGAGUAAACUAUGCCUCAGCUGCUGCUGGAAUCCUUGAUAUCACAGGAAGAAAUUUUGUGGGUCGCAUACCAUUUGAUGAGCAGAUCAGGAACUUUCAGAACACAGUUGAUCAAAUAACAGGUAAUCUUAGGGCAGUUGAUCUGGCUCAGUCAAUCGGACGGUCGAUAUUCUUUGUUGGUAUGGGCAGCAAUGACUACUUGAACAACUACCUUAUGCCCAACUACAACACUAAGAAUCAGUAUAAUGCACAACAAUAUGCUGAUCUUCUGGUUCAACAAUAUUCAAGGCAACUCAGGUCCCUAUACAACCUUGGUGCAAGAAAGUUUGUGAUUCCAGGAUUAGGAAGAAUGGGAUGCAUACCAAGCAUAUUGUCUCAGAGCACAGCUGGGAUUUGCAAUGAAGAAGUUAACCAGCUUGUUCUACCUUUCAAUGCAAAUGUCAAGGCUAUGAUCAACAACUUCAACACCAAUCUUCCUGGUGCAAAAUUCACAUACAUUGACAUUGCUCGAUUGUUUGAAGACCUUAUCACCAAUGGAGAACAGUAUGGAUUUAGUGUGGUGAAUCGUGGGUGCUGUGGCAUUGGGAGAAACAGAGGACAAAUUACAUGCCUUCCAUUCCAAACACCAUGUCCAAGCAGAGAACAGUACAUAUUCUGGGAUGCAUUCCACCCAACAGCAGCUGUGAACAUUUUGAUGGCAAGGAAGGCAUUCAAUGGAGACCAAAGCAUUGUGUAUCCCAUGAACAUAGAACAGCUGGCAAGUUAUGAUUCCUAGACAAAUAACUACGUAACCUAGAAGGUUGCCUUGUUUUAUGCAAUAACGUUGCUCGUCUCUCUAGUCAUUGUGUGUCUGACUUUGGUAUUGUUUGAGCGGUGAACUUUUAUGAAAUGAAAGAUCAGUUCUUGUGUUUGGCUUA